AAUGGGCCUCUGAACGUUUAUUUCAGAGUAAAUCACUGCCUCAUUAAUCUAAUUUCAAGCGUUUAAUUCACCUGGAGUGAUUUGGUUUGGAACAACGUGAAAGCGGGAAUUGUUUACAGAAUGACUCGAGGGAACACUGAGUUAGGAGACAUUACCCCUCACAACAUCAAGCAACUCAAACUCCUAAACCAAGUUGUCUUUCCUGUCACAUACAACGACAAGUUCUACAAAGAUGUGUUGGAAGUUGGAGAGUUGGCAAAGCUUGCAUACUUCAAUGACAUAGUGGUGGGAGCUGUAUGUUGUCGUGUGGACACAUCAGACCAGCAAAGACGUCUCUACAUCAUGACACUGGGCUGCCUAGCACCAUACCGAAGAUUAGGCAUAGGCACCUCUAUGGUGGAACAUGUACUAAAGAUCUGUGAAGAGGACAACAAUUUUGACAAUGUUUUUCUACAUGUUCAAAUCAACAAUGAUGGUGCAAUAAGAUUUUAUGAGAAGUUUGGAUUUGAGAUUGUGGAAGAGAAAAAGAAUUAUUACAAGCGAAUAGAACCAGCUGAUGCCUAUGUGUUACAGAAAUCAUUCCGCAAAAAGGACAAAUGUGAAACCAAAGAUCAAAAUGGAGAAAACUAAACAAAACCAUUGUGCCCUUUCACUAUAAAUACUUUGAAUAUUCUUUCUGUGUGUAAAUAGAUGAUCACUGUACGUUUCGGAAUACAAGAGUUAUCUGCACUGUUAUAAGAUGGAUAUAAAACAAGGUACAUAAUUUGUACUUGCCAUUUGAAACAAGAGCAGAUGUUUUUUCCUGCAUUUUUUUUAAAUUACUAGUAAUACAAAUUGAAUGAAUGCUUCUGUAUAUUUUACUGUAUAUUUUGUGUCUUUACACAUUUAACUUGCUUCAUGCUAAUAAAUUUUGUUCAAAUAA